CGGAGCUGCAGUGUAGACAGGGAGGGGGAGCCUGGGGUUCCGACGUCGCGGCUGAGGGAACGAGCCCUAACCGGAUCGCUGAGGCACAACCCGGCUCGGUGUGUCGCCUGAUCGCGUCGGCUAGGAGAGGCCAGGCGGCCCUCGGGAGCCCAGCUGCUCGCACCGGGAGUCAGCGCAGCCCGGCCAGUCGGGCCUCAGCCCGGGAGACAGUUACGUCCCCAGAUUGCGGCAGGAUGGCCCAAUGGAACCAGCUCCAGCAGCUGGACACUCGGUACCUGGAGCAGCUGCACCAGCUGUACAGUGACAGCUUCCCCAUGGAGCUGCGGCAGUUCCUGGCACCUUGGAUUGAGAGUCAAGAUUGGGCAUAUGCAGCCAGCAAAGAGUCCCAUGCCACGCUGGUGUUUCAUAACCUCUUGGGUGAGAUUGACCAGCAGUAUAGCCGAUUCCUGCAAGAGUCCAAUGUCCUCUAUCAACACAACCUGCGAAGAAUCAAGCAGUUCCUGCAGAGCAGGUAUCUGGAGAAGCCAAUGGAAAUCGCCCGGAUCGUGGCCCGAUGCCUGUGGGAAGAGUCUCGCCUCCUCCAGACGGCAGCCACCGCAGCCCAGCAAGGGGGCCAGGCCAACCACCCAACAGCCGCUGUGGUGACAGAGAAGCAGCAGAUGUUGGAGCAGCACCUUCAGGAUGUCCGGAAGCGUGUGCAGGAUCUAGAGCAGAAAAUGAAAGUGGUAGAGAAUCUCCAGGACGACUUUGAUUUUAACUAUAAAACCCUCAAGAGCCAAGGAGACAUGCAGGAUCUGAACGGAAACAACCAGUCCGUGACCAGACAGAAGAUGCAGCAGCUGGAACAGAUGCUCACAGCGCUGGACCAGAUGCGGAGAAGCAUUGUGAGUGAGCUGGCGGGACUCUUGUCAGCAAUGGAGUACGUGCAGAAGACACUCACAGACGAAGAGCUGGCUGACUGGAAGAGGCGGCAGCAGAUCGCGUGCAUUGGAGGCCCUCCCAACAUCUGCCUGGACCGACUGGAAAACUGGAUAACGUCAUUAGCAGAAUCUCAACUUCAGACCCGCCAACAAAUUAAGAAACUGGAGGAACUGCAGCAAAAAGUGUCCUACAAGGGGGACCCUAUUGUGCAGCACCGGCCAAUGCUGGAGGAGAGAAUUGUGGAGCUGUUCAGAAACCUAAUGAAAAGUGCCUUCGUGGUGGAGCGGCAGCCCUGUAUGCCCAUGCACCCUGACCGGCCCCUCGUCAUCAAGACUGGUGUCCAGUUCACUACGAAAGUCAGGUUGCUGGUCAAAUUUCCCGAGUUGAAUUAUCAGCUUAAAAUUAAAGUGUGCAUUGACAAGGACUCUGGGGAUGUUGCUGCUCUCAGAGGAUCUCGGAAAUUUAACAUUCUGGGCACAAACACCAAAGUGAUGAACAUGGAAGAGUCCAACAAUGGCAGCCUGUCUGCGGAAUUCAAGCACUUGACCCUGAGGGAGCAGAGAUGUGGGAAUGGGGGCCGUGCCAAUUGUGAUGCCUCCUUGAUUGUGACUGAGGAGCUGCACCUGAUCACCUUCGAGACUGAGGUGUAUCACCAAGGCCUCAAGAUUGACCUAGAGACCCACUCCUUGCCGGUCGUGGUGAUCUCCAACAUCUGCCAGAUGCCAAAUGCUUGGGCGUCGAUCCUGUGGUAUAACAUGCUGACCAACAACCCCAAGAACGUGAACUUCUUCACCAAGCCACCAAUCGGAACCUGGGACCAAGUGGCCGAGGUGCUCAGCUGGCAGUUCUCUUCCACCACAAAGCGAGGGCUGAGCAUCGAGCAGCUCACCACGCUGGCCGAGAAGCUCUUAGGACCUGGUGUAAACUACUCAGGGUGUCAGAUCACAUGGGCUAAGUUUUGCAAAGAAAACAUGGCUGGCAAGGGCUUCUCCUUCUGGGUGUGGCUAGACAAUAUCAUUGACCUUGUGAAAAAGUAUAUCUUGGCCCUUUGGAAUGAAGGGUACAUCAUGGGUUUCAUCAGCAAGGAGCGGGAGCGGGCCAUUCUGAGCACGAAGCCCCCGGGCACCUUCCUGCUGAGAUUCAGCGAGAGCAGCAAAGAAGGAGGGGUCACUUUCACUUGGGUGGAAAAGGACAUCAGUGGCAAGACCCAGAUCCAGUCUGUAGAGCCGUACACCAAGCAGCAGCUGAACAACAUGUCUUUUGCUGAGAUAAUCAUGGGCUAUAAGAUCAUGGACGCCACCAACAUCCUGGUAUCUCCGCUGGUCUACCUCUACCCUGACAUUCCGAAGGAGGAGGCGUUUGGAAAGUACUGUCGACCGGAGAGCCAGGAGCAUCCUGAAGCUGACCCAGGUAGUGCUGCCCCUUACCUGAAGACCAAGUUCAUCUGUGUGACCCCAACGACCUGCAGCAAUACCAUUGACCUGCCGAUGUCCCCCCGCACUUUAGAUUCAUUGAUGCAGUUUGGAAAUAACGGUGAAAGUGCUGAGCCCUCGGCAGGAGGGCAGUUUGAGUCACUCACCUUUGAAAUGGACUCCUCCCCCAUGUGAGGAGCUGCAGAUGGAAGCUGCAGAGAUGACUGAGGCGCCUGCCCCGCGUUCCACCCUUACGCAGUCAAACCCCAGAUCAUCUGAAACUCCUAACUUUGUGGUUCCAGAUUUUUUUUUUUUAAAUCUCCUACUUCUGCUAUCUUUGAACAAUCUGGGCACUUUUUUAAAAAUAGAGAACCGAGUGAGAGUGGGUGACACGCGUUUAUGUGAAGAGGAGAGGGCUCUCUAGUCUGCCAAGGGGGAUGUGAGAGCGGGAGGCUGCAGGGAGAAGGGAAAUGCCUUGUGUUCGGUGCCCCGCCCUCCUUUCUCAGCAGCUCAGCUCCGCUGUUGUCAUUGUUGUUAGACAAGUGCCUCCUGGUGCCCAUGGCAUCCUUGUGCCCGUUUCUGCGAGCUGGUACCCUGGGCUGCCUGCAGCUGAGGACUCCUGGCACCGCACUUUUAACCUUGCGGAUGUCCAAAUAGAAGACAGGACUAAGCCCAUCGGUUUCUUUUUAAAUUAAAAAAAAUAACGAGAAGAAGAAUUACCAGGCAAACCACCCUGAAACGGCAGAGCCUUUCUGUAUCAGAGAUUCACAGCCUCUUUGGUGCUUUAAGCAUAGAAACCCUGAAAUGGUCUCAGAUGAAAUCUGCAAAAGCAUCUGAGGCUGUGGCUUGGCCUCUGGUUUGAACACGAAGGUUAGAACGAACCUAGAUAUCCCAGACUCUUCAUCAACUGGGUUUUAUCUACCCAGGAGUUUGCUCGCCUGUUGAUGAGGUUGGCCAAGGGCACUGAAAACCUCUGUCGCCCGCCCUCCCCCAAGACUCCGCACCCUGUUUCAGGGUCAGCCUGUCCUGUGGGUGCCUUACUGGGCCUAGGAUCAACCUGGCUUCCUUUCCCACUUGGCAUUGCUCGUGGUGUGUCCCCUUCCCGUGUCCAAAGGCCCCUGUCCUGCUUGCACUGGGAAUCCUGGUUUCAGGACCUUGUGACCAGAGAGGCUGAGCUACAGGGUUGAAUCUGACUUAGACUACAGGUCCUCAGCGACGCUCAGGGAUUACGGCCCUUAUUCUAUUCGCUUGGUUCCCAGGGUACCUGUAACCACAGGACAAAGCUGACCCAUAAAGCUCCAGGUCUGCCCCUUCUAUGAGGGCCAUACCCUUGGCCUCCCCUGAGACUGGCGAUGUCUGAGGUGGAACAGGGUGCCUGCACCUACCGUGGCCUUCUGUCACCUGCUUGCCUCAGUCACUCAGCAAACCUCCUCUGACACAGGGGCAUGGCUAGAUUUAGCAACUCAGAGACACCAUGCUCAGCUGACCAGUUUCUGGAAUUCUGUUUGUUUUACUCAAAUUUGCCAGUGUCUGAAUUAAGGGGCUGAGGACAUUGUCUCUAAGACAAACUGCUCGCCCUGGCUACCCCUGGCCUUCCGCUUUGAGCCAGUCACUGCCCUCCUUUCCCCAGCUGCAUUCUUUAGUACACAGUAAGCUGAACUCAGAAACUGAAAGGUUAUUUAGGAAGGCAAGGCUUGGGCCUACUGACGACUUUAGAUCUUGGGGACCCAGGGAGCAAGGGCUUGGUCUUCUCUGGGGCAGGUGUUGUCAAGGCCCCAGCUCUGAGAAGUUACCUGGGUGACAGCUCCAAGGACAGCAGAAACUCGCUCUGCGGAGUCCUCAGAACUGCCCACUUUCCCUCCUUUGUCCCUGCCUGUCCCAGCCUAGCCUGACCAUGCCUGCAGAUUGCUUCGCCUCUCUGUACAGUGGUUUGUAUUCUAUCCUGGCCACUGCAUUCAAAUUCCAAUGUAUACUUUCUAGUGUAAAAAUUUAUAUUAUUGUGGGUUGUUUUGUUGUUGUUGUUGUUUGUUUGUUUGUUUGUUUUGUAUAUUGCUGUAACUACUUUAACUUCCAGAAAUAAAGAUUAUAUAGGAACUA